AUGGUGAGAUCGUGCAUUGCUUGCUCUAAUAAGGAAGGAUCAUCGCUCAAGCGGCUCAAUCGUCCAGAUAUAAAGAAAUAUUCGAAUAUUGUUGUAUGUAGUUCUCAUUUCUUACCAUCAUCUUUUAUUGCUAAAUCGAAGAACAAAAUUAACGAAUGUAGUCGAAUACGAUUAAAAUCAUCUGCUACACCUGUUGAAAUUCUAGCAUUGACUGCCGAUACGGGAACGAUGAGAUCAAAUUCAACGAGUACUCAAACUGAUAUUGAUAUGGUUUCUUUAAUUGCUAUGUUUACGGUUNACGAUUUCUUACCAUCAUCUUUUAUUGAUAAAUCGAAGAAAAACAUUAACGAAUGUAGUCGAAUACGAUUAAAAUCAUCUGCUACACCUGUUGAAAUUCUACCAUUGACUACCCACACGGGAACGAUAACAUCAAAUUCAACGAGUACUCAAACUGAUAUUGAUAUGGUUUCUUUAACUGCUAUGUUUAGUAAAUUAUCACUACUUGAGCAAAAGGUUUUCAACACAGUAAUAUGUAUCGAACGUUUUGAAAAUAAUGAUUAUUAUAUUAAUUAUUAUACUGGUUUCAAGUCUUAUAAAAUAUUUGAAAUGGUUUUCGAAUUAUUGAAGAGUUACUAUGAUGAUCAUUUUGUAAUGUAUUCUACUCGAGUAGAAUGUGGUUUACAAAAUAACAAGUUAUCGGAUACCUGCAAAUUAUCUAAGAUAAAUCAAUUUUUUUUGUUUAUGAUACGAUUACGAAGAGGAACUGACCUACAGGAACUGGGAAUUUUUUUCAAUAUUUCUCAUUCUACUGCUAGUAGAAUAAUUAUAUCAUGGACUCGAUUUGUUUAUUCAGUUUUUUCGUCAAUACGCAUUUGGCAAUCUCGAGAAAAAGUUCAGAAAAAUCUACCAUUUGAAAUGAAGAAAAAUUACCCAUCAGUACGAGUUAUCAUCGAUUGUACAGAAUUCGAAAUUGAACAACCAAAGAAUCCUCAAGCACAACAAAAUACUUGGUCAAAUUACAAAAAUACCAACACAGCUAAAGGGCUUAUCGGUAUGUCACCAAACGGUGUAGUAUCAUACAUUUCUUCUUUAUAUGGUGGUGCUACAAGCGAUCGUGCUCUUUUGAACAUGGAAGGACCUGGAAGUUUGAUUGAACUUCUCGAAAACGGUGAUCAAGUUAUGUCAGAUCGCGGCUUCUCAUUUGAUCGUAAAUUUUCUCAUCUGAAGUUAGUACAUCCUCCAUUUCUUGAACGACAACCCCAACUCUCAUUCGAUANAUUUAGUACAAUUUUGCUGUCGGGUGGCUUAUAA